AAGCCUCCUGAGGAGAAUUACGCCAACCCGAGGACAUGCCUCUUUCAUGUUCUUUUCAAGGCUGCAUCGUUUUCAUUCUACAUAUUCUCUGCCCUCUUCAUCAACAACUUCGUGAUCAUAUUCGUGGUCACUGUUCUUUUGGCCGCACUUGAUUUCUGGGUGGUCAAGAAUGUUAGUGGCAGGAUUCUGGUCGGCCUAAGGUGGUGGAACGAGAUAAACGACCUCGGCGAGAGUGUGUGGAGAUUCGAAUCCCUCGACCAAGAGUCGUUGGCUCGAAUGAACAAGAAAGAUGCAUGGCUAUUUUGGUGGACACUCUAUCUCACGGUAAGCCAGUAAGAAAAAUGGUGAAGAUCAAGCCAAUCGACAUUUUUACUAUUAGUCUACUACUGCUAGUAGAGCUUAUCGUUUUCGUACUCCGAUUCGUGCAAUGUAUUUAUAGGCAGUUUUGUGGGUGUUCCUUGGGAUCGUCUCUCUGAUAAGGUUCCAAGCUGAUUACUGCAUCAUCAUCGGUGUAUGCCUGACUCUCAGCGUUGCAAACAUCAUUGGUUUCACCAAGUGCCGCAAAGAUGCGAAGAAGCAGUUUCAGCAGUUUGCAACCCAGACUAUAGCUUCUCGAGUCUCGUCCACCAUUCAAUCUGCAUUCAGUGUUGUGUGAGAGAUGCUGUGAGCUGAGCUGAGCUGAGCUGAGGGGAAAACUACAAUGCAGGGAGGAGCCAUAGAUAAAUAAAACCGUGGCCACAAUUUUGAGCAAGUAUUGUAGGGGCUAGAAAAAGGAAUUACCACAGCAUUAGAUUGGUUUUUCUUUCUGUUUGUAUCAUCUUUUUUUUUAUAUAUGUAUUAGCUUGUUGCAUAAUGGAAAGUAAUGUUGGAAACUGUGUUUUUUACUGAGGGAGUAAACUUUUUGUGGAACU